AUGACACAUAUGGUGUUUUGUGACAUAUGCAAUCGAAAACGGCCGGUGAAGGGAGCUCGAAAUGCGUCAUGUCAACCUAAGCGUAAUGCAGUGCUGUUGGCAUGUCUGGUAAAGCUGAAUAUCAUCAGCCUGACUAGGGCACGACGAAUUUUUGACGAGCUGGUACAAACAACAACGCCCACUCGAAAUCAUAAACGAUUUUGUAGGGAACACUACGCAGAAAGUGUGUCGUUUCUUGCUGCAAUGGUUGAGAUGAGAACUGGUCGAGAUUCAUGUUAUGGACUUGACGCUGUUCCUCAAGAAGUUCUUGUGGAUGUGCUGGAAGAGUUGGAUCUGCUAAAUAACCGUUUCGACGAAAAAUUGAAGUUGAACGUUUUUGAUUUGUCAACAUUCUACAAUUCGUAUGCUUCCGAUAUUCAUCAUAACACCGGAAAAUGGCGUCAAUGCAUACAGGAUCUUGCUGCGCUCAGAGCUCCAGUACAAAGUGCAAAACAAGAAGCUGAUGAAGUUCUUUCUGACGCAACCCUCAACCUACCUAUUAAUGCUUUACCUCCGAUGGACACCUCAGCGAAUCAAGAUUUGUUCACUGAUGUAGUUCCAAAGUCAGAGCCACAGUACCCGGACGACCCCGAGUUUCCUGAAACCGAUCCCACAUUAAUGGAUAGGUAUUUUCUCGUGAGAGGCGAAGUAUUUGGCAAACUUAGAGAGGGUUAUUCAAGCUGCUUACGUAUUUGA